UUACUCUUUGAAUAUUUGUUUACUCUUUGAAUGACUAGUUUGAACCAACCUGUAUUAAAGAAGUGCAAGAUAACCGUAUGCCUGUCUCCGAAGAGUUAUAUACAAGAUAAAACAGAUAUACUCCGAGACAAGCGUAAAGUUCUGCGGGAAUCUAACGGGGAAAUUCGUGAAGAUCGGAGAAGCUUGGUAUCUAGUUUCUCUAGUCCUACUGAACCAUCCAGUUCAUCUAGAUCUAGGGUCCCUAGUCCUGGUUCAGAUAAAACGAGUUCUCUCCUUGUGGGAUCCCGGGAGAGGAGUUCAUCCAAAAGUUCUGGAUCAAUAGUUACAGUUCAUGAGGAAGGAUUGAAGUGUAUUAAGAGUGAAACUGCUUCUCCGACUUCGUCGCCUUAUUAUCUAGUUGAAGAUGGUCUAGUUGAAGAUGAUCUUGUUGAAGAUGGGGUUGAUGAAGAUGGGGUUGAGAUGUCAUUUGACGCAGAAAACUCCAAUAGAACUAGAAAUACCAAACCAAAUCAAAUUGAUAAAUUAUCACAAAAAUCAGGCGCUUCAGUCCAUCCCAUGCUUAAAUUCGAUGUAAAAAUACCAAAUCAUCCUUUGACAGUGAAUCAGUUACGACAGGCAAAACGUGACAUGAAGGCUUUAAAAAAGCCUAUUUUGAAAGUGUCUGUGCCCCGAGAUAAUGAGUCGGCGAGAAUAACUGAUUUAAGGAUUCCGGUUCGGCAGGCAGCGAUCAAUCCUGCGAAUGAUCUCAACAAUGUCGGAGAGUGGGAUAUACAUAGAAACCAUGUUGUGCUGUUGGAGUCCGAGCAUUUUUCGAAAAGUCUUCUACACAACGAGUUUAAAAAUACCGAAGAGGACGAAGAGGAGACAAAUUUAAGUAUUCAGAGGUACCUGGAGUCAUUGGAACCUUCAACUACGACACGGCUCUGAGUCGAUUCUUUCGAAUAAUUUGUAAAAGGAGAAUAAAAGACUACAUUAAAAUUUUAAUGAAUAAGUUAAAUUUUAAUGAAAAAAUGUUGAAAUAAUUCUCUUGUUUGGGAAUAAUUAAUCUCGGGUUUCUUGUUUCAUUUGUUCUACCAUGUUAGCAACCCAGGGGUUUUUAUAUGGUUAAGAACCUGAAAGUAGAGUAAACUCAUGUAUCAACUACAUAGGAUGGAUUGUUGACGCGGACACACGUAUAUCCCAGCCGAGAUUUACUAAUUAGACAGCUGUAUAUUUUGAGAUAAUUAAUCGAAAUUGGUUCCAGCAGGGAACGUAACUAAAAUUUAGUCUCAGUAAUUAUGAAAAAUACAAAUAUUUUCUUACUUUCUGCCCAUUGUGCAUAUUUUACAGAAACGUUGCGGCUUUGAGGUUCUUCAACCCGAUUUGUUGAACGCCCGGACGCGUCAAAAAUCCAUCCCUGGUUAAUCCAUGGGUAAACUAGAGACUGAAGUCCAAAUUACACAAUACACAACAUUCUACUCAGGGUAACAUGAACAAAAAAACCAGCUAAUUUCAUGUCUUUUAUUUGGGUUUUCUAGAUUCUAAUUGACUAAGGGUUAUGGUGUAACCGUUCCAGGUACCCGGAGUCAUUUUAAGUGGAACCUUCAGCCCAAAAUUUAAAAAGAAAAAAUACUCAUUCAGAUUAUUUACAAAAAUACUCUCAUCUUUUACGAAUAUCAUUAUUAGAUCUGAUUAGUUAGUUUUUAACAUAGAUAAUUUUCUUGUACUUCCUAUUUUUGAUUAUUUUGGAGCUUGGCGAGGGGAUGAACAAUACUCUCAAUGUUCACAAUUCUAAUUAUUAGAUUUGAUAAUAGUUUGGAGCAGUACAUAAUGUUUCGUACUUCUCAUUUUUGAUUAAUUUUGUAGCUUGAUUAUUUUAUUUCACUCAAAUUAUCUAAUAUACAUUUUACAUAAACAAACGAUAAAAAAACUACUUGUCGAAAAAAUUGAACCAUUUUAUAUUUAAGAAAUUUGUGUCCACUUUCGGUAAUACAUAUAAUAUUGCUUUAAUUGCUAUCACAAAACUGUUGUGCAUUUUCGUUGUAUGCGAAAUAUCUAAAAUUUGUAUUAUUUUGGUAUUACACAAAUAAUUGUGGUAAUUAUUACAUAUAUAAUCUCUGUGGCAUUACUACAUAAAAUGUAUGUUGUUACAUUAAAGAUGAUCCUGCAUCUAUGAUGAAUGAUUAUUUUUUUUUUCCUGUUAUAAAUAUACAUUUGUUUACAUAAAACGUAUUUGCUAAAACACUGAUUUAUAUUUUCAGAAAAAUAUAUGAUUUCACUUCACUGAA